AUGGUCACUGAUGAGCAUAACAGAAACCUGAAAGCUAUCCCUACAAUGGAGGAGUUGAGAACUGUAGUGUUUUUAAUGAAUCCCAAUUCAGCUGCUGGACCUAAUGGAAUGAAUGGCAAGCAUGGAUUCUUUCAUUCCACAAGAGGCCUUAAGCAAGGGGAUCCAUUAUCACCAGCUUUGUUUAUCAUAGGUGCUGAAGUCCUCUCCAGGCUCAUGAACAAUCUUCAUCAACACCCCCAAUAUCAUGGUUUCCUGAUGGCUAAAAAGGGCCCUCAAAUUAAUUAUCUCAGUUUUGCAGAUGAUAUCAUCAUAUUCUCAUCUGGAAGAUCUCAUACCUUGAAGCUUAUCAUGGAGACACUACAUACCUAUGAGCAUGCUUCAGGCCAAUUGAUCAACAGAGAUAAGAGUAACUUCAUGGUACCCUCAAAUGCCUUCAACUCUACUGUUAGAAGAAUCAAGAAAGUUAUAGGCUUCAGGCAAAAGAACAGCCCUAUCACAUAUCUGGGGUGUCUUCUCUACAUUGGUAGACAGAGGAUCAUCUAUUAUUCUGAGCUUAUAGCUAAAGUUGUGGCUAGGAUAGCUGGAUGGCAGGCAAAAUUAAUUAGUUAUGGAGGAACAGUUACUUUGAUUAAGCAUGUCAUCCAAGCACUUCCUAUUCACUUGUUAUCUGCUAGUUCCCCUCCUGCAACCACUAUCAAGCAAAUUCAAAGCAUCACAGCCAAUUUCUUCUGGGGGUGGAAGAAUGAAAGGAGGAAAUAUCAUUGGUCUUCUUGGAAGAAUCUGAGUUGUCCCUAUGAAGAGGGUGGUAUUGGAGUGAGACUAAUAUCAGAUGUUGCCAAGUCUUUCCAAUACAAACAAUGGUGGAUAUUCAGAACUAAGAAUUCCUUAUGGAGUGAGUUCCUCAAAGCUAAGUACUGUCAGAGGUCAACUCCUAUAACCAAAAAAUGGCACACAGGACAGUCUCUAAUAUGGAAGCACCUCAUAAAGAACAAGCACAAUGUUGAGCCUCAUAUCCACUAG